AGUUUAGUCUUUAGGAACGUUCUAAAAAGUGAGAGAGACAAAGUUUUAGGGAAUAAUAAGGAGUAUGGAGGAGUGAAAUCUCCCCACUUCUGGCCGGCUAGUCUCAGCCUCCAUGUUGGAGCAGUGAGCUUCUGCACGAGUACACGGAAGUUCGCGGGCUUGCUAGUAGUGAUUAUGCCUGUGCCGAGGUUACUGACUUACUGCUUUUGUUUACAUGGAUCCGGGAGGAUUUGUCAAUGCCAUGCUUUAAAAGGUUUUGGUAAACAUCUUCUAGCAGUAUGGAUAAUAACUCUGAAGGGGCCAUAGACAGUGUAGAGGGAAAACCUUGUAGAAGAAAAAGAAGCAAUCUAUAUCGCCGUCCUCAAAAUGACUCUCAUUCACCUCCAGAUGUCUAUGCUAGCUCUUCUAUGUCAUCUAUGCUGCCCUCAACUAGUCAGAGAAAAGGAUCAAGUGGUGACAACUUUGAUGCUAUUUCAGGGGUAGCGUACUCUAACCUCAAUGAAACUGAAUAUUACCAAAAUGCUGGUGGCAAAAAUACCCAUCAAUUUCAUUCCAUAAGUGAUGUCUAUCCCAGCAUAGGAACUAAAGAUAAUUUAGCAACUGCUACUGUGAGCAAUUUGGAAACAUUUGGAAGGAUAGGAAGUGAUUUCCAAUCUGGACAAUCAGGAGCAUUGUCGCACGGAGUUGAAAGUCAAGUCAAGAAAGUAAAACUUAAGGUUGGCGGUGUUACUAGGACUAUACAUACAAGCUCUGGUUCUGGGCAUUUGUUGGCUAAGUCAUCAUCCUCAUCAAGUGUUGCUCACCAACAUCAAAAGGAUAGUUCAGACAAGGGAAAUGUCUUGCAAGGUGUUCCGUGGAAGGACUUCUCGAAGAAUGGAUUUAUUUUUGGGAGAUCUAGUUCUUCAGGGGAUAGCCCUCUCAAGCAAACUGCUAAAUACAACCCAGCACAUACAAGCAAACAUUUCUCUAAAACAUCCAAAUCAGGCGAAUUCAACACUGAGUAUGACGAUGAUGAUGAUGCUGAGAUUCGUUUUCUUGAAAAACUAAAGACCUCCAAAUUUGCUACAAGUCGUGGCGGAGCAUAUGAUGAAGAUGAAGGAGGAAUUAAGAAGCUGCGGAAGAUUUCAAGAGUCUUGAAUCAGACUGGCAACAUUUAUGAUGUAAAAUCAUGGGAUUACAACCCCAUCAAAACAUCCCAAGAGAGUAUUAAGUUCAAAUCAGUUGGAGAAUUUGGGGAUAAUGAUUAUGUAAAAGAGGACGAGGAGUCAUUAUCUGAUCAUGAGUUAAGACCUAAGAUGAAACAAUGCAAGGAUUUAGGUCGAAUAUCAGGGAGUGCUAGGAAUGAAAUGGCUAUGACUACACGAAAGCGUGCCCAACAAACUGGCAAGGAAGUAUCAUCCAUUUCCAGUAUAGGUGCAGUUGAAUUUUCUCAGGGACUACCACCUCAUCCUAAAAAGCAAAAGGAGAAACUCUCCGAAGUUGAACAACAACUGAAAAAAGCGGAAGCUGCUCAGAGGCGCAGGAUGCAAGCUGAAAAAGCUGCUCAAGAAUCCGAGGCCGAGGCAAUCAGGAAAAUCUUGGGUCAAGAUUCUAGCAGAAAGAAGCGAGAAGAUAAACUAAAGAAGAAACAAGAGUCAGCACAGGAGAGGAAAACAAAAGCAGCAGCUCAUCCAUCAAAUGCUAUCAGAUGGAUACUGGGUCCUUCUGGAACAGUUGUAACUUUCCCUAGUGAGAUGGGCCUCCCAAGCAUAUUUGAGCCCAAGGCCUGCAGGUAUCGAGAUUCCAAAUCAAGACUUCCUCUAUGCAGCCUUCAGUGCUACAAGGAAAUACAUAAGAAGGUGGAACUUCUUGGUGCAUGUUGAUUAUUAUGUUGUCUAUCGAUUUUUAUGUUUUAAAUGUGAGUGGGCACUUUUUGAGCAUUUGUCCAUCUACUAUGCAACUUUGUUUAGGAAGAUUUGAUGUCGUAGUUGAAUGCAAAAUCAUUUUGUACAGCUUUUGAACAUGAUAUAACGUCUCAGCUCCCAAAACCAUAGCCAUUGGUUA